AUGAGUUCUUCUCUCGAGGCUAAGAUUGUUGUGUUGGGCGCGCAGGGAGUCGGCAAAACCUCCCUCGUGCAGCGCUACGUCAAGAAUGCCUUCAGCCCCGCCGGCACCGCGUCGACCGUCGGCGCAUCCUUCAUCACCAAGCGAGUCCUGGACAGCGCGUCCGACACCAUCGUGCGCCUGCAGAUCUGGGACACCGCCGGCCAGGAGCGGUUCCGCAGCAUCUCGCGCCUGUACUACCGCGGCGCGAACGCCUGUCUACUAUGCUACGAUAUCACCGACGAGCAGAGCUUCCAGGAGAUGACGGGCUGGCUGCUCGAGCUGAAGAAUAACCUGAACGAGGAAGACCCCAUCGUCAUCCACGUCGUCGGGACGAAGUCCGAUAUCGUCGCUCUGGAUCCCUCCCGACGGCGGGUCCCCUUUGAGCGCACGAUCGCGUAUGUCGCCGAGCAGUUGUAUCCGUCGCAGGCGUCGACGCCGCCGCCCACGGCCGGCUUUCUGGGCCAUUCGUCGAGUACCACGUUGCAGGGGCCCGAUAGUAAGCGGAGUAGUGGGUUCUGGGGGCAGGAUAUUGGAUGGGACUGCUGUCAUGAGAUCAGCGCCAAGGAUGGGGAGGGGAUCGAGGAGGUGUUUCGGGUGAUCACGCGCAAGCUAGUGGAGGAGAGGAACAAGAAAGAGGCGAGCGUGGUUGCGACUCCGGGGUCGGGGUCUGGCAUUGAGGGUCUUUCGUCGCCUGUGGCGAGAAAUAUCGAGAACAAUGGCAGUUUCCGUCUGGGGAUUGGUGACAAGCGUCGCAGCUGGUUGGGAUUCCCGCCGAGCAGCGCUGGCGAUGAGCAUGAUGAGGCAGUAGAGAUUCGGAAGAAGAAAGGUCGCUGCUGUUGA